GAGUAUUUUCCUGUGGGUUUGUACUUCGAGUUUUCGAGUUAUCGAACUCAAUUUUUAAUUCGUGAGUUUAUUCACAAAACAACAAAAAUAACCGUGAAAAAUAUGACAGAAGUUCUCACCAAUAAUACUACCGAUAAGGUAGCAGCUUUAGUAAGGGAAGCCGAGGCUCUAAAGGCAAAGUUGGAAGAAGAAAGACAAAAGUUGAAUGAUGUUACUUUAUCGUCCGUGGCAGAACGUCUCGAAAUGAUUACGUAUCUAAACAUUAAACCGCGUCGUGUGUUGAAAGGACACCAGGCAAAGGUUCUCUGCUCUGACUGGUCCCCUGAUAAGCGACACAUUGUGUCGUCCUCUCAGGACGGAAAGCUAAUCAUUUGGGAUGCAUUCACCAACUAUAAGGAGCAUGCCGUUACGAUGCCAACCACAUGGGUUAUGGGAUGCUCAUAUGCUCCUUCGGGAAACCUUGUUGCAUGCGGUGGACUGGACAACAAAGUAACCGUAUAUCCAAUUACAAUGGAGGAGGAUAUUUCUUCGCGAAAGAAAACUGUCGGAACUCACACUAGUUACAUGUCUUGCUGCAUUUUUCCUAACUCAGAUCAGCAAAUUUUAACUGGAAGCGGAGACUCGACUUGUGCCCUGUGGGAUGUCGAGUCCGGACAAUUAUUGCAAAGUUUCCACGGUCAUACCGGGGACGUAAUGUCAAUAGACUUGGCUCCGAACGAGACGGGGAACACAUUCGUUUCCGGUAGCUGUGACAAGAUGGCAUUUAUUUGGGAUAUGCGUUCGGGGCAUGUAGUUCAAUCUUUCGAGGGACAUCAGUCGGAUGUUAACAGCGUUAAGUUUCAUCCCAGCGGUGAUGCCAUCAGUACCGGUUCAGAUGAUAGCACUUGCCGCUUGUUUGAUAUGCGUGCCGAUAAAGAGGUUGCAGUGUUCAGCAAAGACAGCAUCAUUUUCGGUGUGAAUUCAGUCGAUUUUUCCGUUAGUGGACGUCUGUUGUUUGCUGGUUACAACGACUAUACCGUUAAUGUUUGGGACACAUUAAAAGCUCAACGUGUGUGCUUGCUAUAUGGCCACGAAAAUAAGGUAUCCUGUUUACAGGUAUCUCCUGACGGCACAGCUCUAUCUACUGGUAGUUGGGAUUUUACCCUUAGAAUUUGGGCUUAAACAAUCGACUAUUUAGACUGUCGCAUAACCAAAGUUAUAGAUUAAUGCUUAAUUAGGAUACACAAUGUAAUCAGACUAGUCGCGAAUUCGAUAUUGGAUGUCUCUCUCUCGUAUAGCAGAUCGCGUUAAAUUCAGUGGUUGUCACAUUAGUAAAAACUAAGCACUUUUCGCAAUGGCACAAAAAUGCAUAUAAUUAGUUUUAUGAAAAUUCAUUGCAGGACAAGGAAAAUAGUUUUACUUUUUUGGUAAGUUUUAUUAACCAAACUCUGCUAACUGUUAUCAAAAAUGUUGCACAGGCAUUUUUUAUAUCUCAAUUGUAUUUAUCGGUUAACAGUAUUAUCGUGUGCCAUAUUUAUUUUAUAGAUUUAAUACAAAGUAUUUACAUAAUAUCAAACGAAUAAUU